AUGGCUCUAAAGAAAAUGAAAGACUCUAAGCUUGAUGAUACAUCUGAGUUAACCAAAUAGAGAGCAGCCUUUAAAGCCUUGCUCACUCAAACCGAAUAAAUGAUGAAGAAAAUUUGGAAAGUAUUGUCACAAUCUAUUAAAUAUGUAUACGAUUAGAUAGAAAAGGAAAACUAAUCAUACUUAAACCUCAUUAAUGAAAACACCAAUCUAGCUGAAUCCUCUUACACUGAUAUAGAAAAAUUAGUAAACAUUGUAGAAAGAUCAACUUUAAAUGAUUGGAAUGCUUAGAAGAAUUCUUAUAUGAAGGAGUUAGAUUAGACCAAGAGCUGGUGGGACUAACAUAGAAAGGGUUUUAUUGAGAAGUCUAACUAAGGAAUCGAAUAUAUUUAAAAAUUAGUUAAGUAAGAAUUAGAAAUCAUAUCUCUCUUUUUUGAAAUGUUAACCUACCUCCAGGCUAUAGAUGAAUCUCUCUAUAAGAAGAUUCAUUAAAUACUAACAAGAGAGAAAGUUUCAGAUAUCUUAGGAUUCCUUUCGAAGACAAAUAAUCAACGCUUUUUUGAAUCAUUAAUCAACACAUAAGCUAAUCUUAAGGAUGUCAAGAAGUAAGUAAAAAAAAUCACAGAAAUUCUGUAGAAUAUUUUGGAUCAUAUCAUAAAUUUAAUAAAGAGGACUUCUCUUCUGAGACUUAUGAAAAGGCAAGAUCAGACCUAAUAAAAGGGAUGAAGGAUAACAAAGGGAUCAUAGAUUUUAUCAAGUUUUUAGUUCUCCUCACAAGUAUUGACGGUAAAUUUAUUCAAUGUGGAUCGAAUGCUUUAAACUUGAAUGUAGAUAUGAGGAACGAAUCAUUAAAUAAUAUAAGGAUUGAAAAUACUUCUUUAAUUGAAGUGAACUUUGUAAGAUGUAACUUAAGUGGGUCUGAGCUUGAUAAUGUAGAUAUUAGUGGAUUAAAUUCGAAUCGUGCUUUACUUUUUAAUUGCAAAUGGAAAAAAUUGAAAAUCAAAUGA